UACGUCAUCGUAUUCAGUAGGAUUCUACAGCUCACUGGGAAAAUACCCUUUUUAGAGAUGAACAAGAGCGAGUAUAAGCCCGUGAAUGCAUUCAAACUCAACUUAACCAUAUGGAAAUACGCGGGAAUUUGGCCGGCUGGAGUAAAAAAUAAAUCUCUCAGAUACAUCUACUACAUCUACAACUCAAUAUCCCCAACAAUCUGGUUUGGUUCAUUCUUCAUCCUCCAAUUUAUUCACAUCCUUAUGGUUAUAACGGAUUUGGAGAAACUCAUGCAUUCAAUAUACUUGAUGAUUUCCUACUGCGCAAUGGCCUGUAAAUAUCAUUCAAUUCUGUGGUAUCGAAGGAGACUCGAGGAACUAUUCAAUACACUAAAUGAACCAAUUUUCAAGCCACGGUUGCCAUCCCAUUUCGAUGUUAUGAAUGAAUCCAUGAGAAUUGCCAGGAGGGAUUCAAUCAUUUUUUUGUCAUCGGGCAUCUGUGCUACUAUCUUUUGGACAUUCUGGCCCCUGUUCGAUAAGAAAUCAGAGGAAAAUGAGUUAGCUUACAACAUGUGGUGUCCACUAGACAUAUCCAGAUCCCCAACAUUUGAGCUAGUCUACGCCUAUCAGACAAUCGCAAUAACCUACAACACCAUGUUCAACACAAUGACGGACACUGUCAUCUGUGGACUUCUGAAAAUGAUGUCUGGACACCUAGAUGUUCUGAUAGAAGACUACGGUACGAUCUUCGAGGAUAUCUUCAUUUGUCCGGGCGAGGAAACACCUCGAACUGUAGCUGGAAAGAAGCUCAUGGAAUUGGAAAACGUUGCGCAGGAGACUGAGAAACAAUCGGAGAUGGGUACGAGAAUGAAGAAGCGUUUGGUCCAGAAAUCAUCUAACAACAACAGCAGAUUGGAGAUACCCCCUGUUAUCAUCCCUCAAAUUUCCCAAGAGGACAUGAAAGCGAGAGUAUCCACUUGCGUGGAAUUCGCCCUCGCCAUAGAGAGAUUUGCAAAUGAAAUAAAGGACAUUUUCCAAGCUGGUAUUCUAGUCCAAUUCAUCGCAAGCUGUUUGAUCGUUUGCGCCAGUCUUUUCGCAUUGACAAUACUGCCUCCAAAGAGCUUUCAGUUUUUCUCCCUCGCGCAGUAUCUAGCCUGCAUGCUUAUACAAAUAUUUUUGUACUGUUGGCGGGGAAACGAAGUAUCGCUAAAAUUCAGUGACCUGGCCGAUGCUAUUUACACGUGUGAUUGGACAUCAUGUGAUGAAAGAUUCCGGCGUUCAAUGGAUAUCAUAAUGAGUCGAUCCCAGAAGCCCGUGAUUUUACUAAUUGGAGGUCUUUUCAGUUUAUCUGUUGAAACUUUCAUUUCGAUUCUCAAAUCAGCAUACUCCUUCUUCAUGUUCUUCAAAGAAGUUCAAAACAUGUCAAACUAAUGUUUACAAUUAAAAAGUUGAUGACAAUGCAGAUACCAACACUCACAUAGAAUGUAAUGCACCAUUAUAACGAAAUAUAAUCAUAUGCAGAGUUGUUCUAAUUUAAACAGCAAAGAUCGUUAG